AUGAAGGGGAGAACAACCAACACUGUCCAGUCAAAGCGAUCUACUAAGAACGGAAGAAAAGAUCAGAAGCUGCAGAAGAAGAAUAGCCAGAAAAGACUGUCAGACCAAGAGAAACACAAUGACUUAAACGCUGAGGAAGAUUCGAACAAUCUCUCUACAGUGGCAACUGAUUCAACCACACACUCAGAUCCAUCUGAGGCUUACGAGACAGUGGAUGUUCGUUACUUGGAUGAUGAUGUAACGGAGAGAAAGGAGAAAGAGGACAGUGUUAAUGGAUCCGUUUGUGGUUUGGAGAAAGAUGAUGAUGAACAGGAAGUUAAAGAUGUCUGGGAAGAUGCUUCGAAUGGUGGUCUUAGUGCUGGAAGCGAGAACGAGUCCCCUGAUGUAACAGAGAAUAAUGGUGAACACUUAGAAGAUGUAUCUUCCAAAGAGGAGAUUGAUCAUCUGGAGGCAAGAAUCGAGAGACUUGAAGAGGAGCUUAGAGAAGUUGCAGCACUCGAGAUUUCUCUUUACUCUAUUGUUCCGGAUCAUUCUAGCUCUGCACACAAGCUUCACACGCCUGCAAGGCGUCUUUCUAGAAUCUACAUCCAUGCAUGUAAGCAUUAUACUCGAGAAAAGCGUACUAGGAUCGCUAGAAACUCUGUUUCUGGUCUUGUUUUGGUUGCCAGAUCUUGUGGGAAUGAUGUUUCAAGGUUGACCUUCUGGUUAUCAAACAUCAUAUCUCUAAGGGAGAUCAUUUCACAAGCGUUUGGUAAGUCUCACAUCACAGAGACCACUGGAUCAAAUGGGAGUAAGAAAGGUCUACAACAGCUUUUGGAGGAUUGGCAAGAAACUGAAACAUUUACUACUUCACUUGAAACAAUCGAACACUGGAUCUUUUCUCGACUCGUUGAGUCUGUUUGGUGGCAGGUAUUAAAAGAUGAGCUUCUUCUAAGUUUUUUCUAUGAGGCAUCUCACUUUUUUUCUCACAUCUUUAAGGUCUUUACUCCUCAUAUGCAAUCCCCUGAAAGCAACUCAUCUGAGAAGCAAGGAAACUUUUCUAUUAGCCUAUGGAACAAUGCUUUCAGAGAAGCUCUGCAACGGCUUUGUCCUGUGAGAGGCGCGGAGAACGAAUGUGGUUGCUUACCUGUUUUGGCUAGAAUGGUGAUGGAGAAGUGUAUUGGUAGAUUCGAUGUAGCAAUGUUCAAUGCUAUUCUGCGUGAGUCAGAACACCAGAUUCCAACUGAUCCUAUCUCUGACCCUAUUCUUGAUUCCAGAGUUCUGCCUAUCCAUGCUGGAGACUUAAGCUUUGGUUCAGGAGCACAACUCAAAAACGCGAUUGGUAACUGGUCUAGAUGCCUCACUGAAAUGUUCGGAAUGAACAGCGAAGAUGAUGAUCAUGUAGAAAGUGAAGGCAGUGAUAGUAGUAAAGCCUUUGUAUUGUUAAAUGAACUUAGUGAUCUUCUUAUGCUACCAAAAGACAUGCUUAUGGAAAGUUCCAUCAGAGAAGAGAUAUGUCCGUCAAUCACUUUACCAGUAAUCAAAAGAAUACUCUGCAACUUUACUCCUGAUGAGUUCUGUCCAGAUCAUGUACCAGGAGCUGUCCUAGAAGAGCUCAACUCUGCUGAGAGUAAUGGUGAUGGGAAGCUAUCAGAAGAAAGCUUCCCUUAUGCAGCUUCCUCAGUUUCUUACACGCCUCCAUCGACCAAGGAUGUAGCAGAGAAAGUUGCAGAGGCUGCAGGGAGAAUGUCAAGGAAUGUGUCUAUGAUACAGAAAAGAGGGUACACAAGCGACGAGGAGCUUGAUGAACUGGACUCUCCUCUUGCAUCCAUCGUAGGCAAAUCUAGCGAGGUUACUGAUUCAGCAACCACAAAUGAAAGAUACAAGCUUCUUCGACAAGUGUGGGGUUUAGUUGAGUGA